UAAAAUGCAAUCAUCAUAUUCUCUCAAAUCCUAACCAUUAUCAAGGAAAAAACGAAACACAAUGGUUGAGAUGUCUUCGUUGAAAUCAGAACAACAAGUACUCCAACAUUCCACCCAUGUCCACCCGUUAACCAAGAUUGAUGACUUUGGCGGGUUCAUAUGCAAUGGCUGCAACACUUACGGCUUUGGGAAGACCUAUCGUUGCGCCUCUUGCAACUUCGAUCUUCACGAGCUCUGUGCCACUUGCCCCCCUACCCUCAAGUGCUUUAUGCAUCCAGAGCACGAGCUCAAGUUAGUCUUUAAAGAACCAUUAAAGACGGACCAGAACAGACGUAGGUGCAACAUCUGCCUUGAAUUAGCCGAGGGGCUCUAUUACCAAUGCGAGGCUUGCGGCUUCGACAUGCAUCCACUUUGCUCACAGCUGCCUGAGAAAGUGAGCCAUGUGCCUCACCCGGCUCAUAACUUGGAGCUGAGUGAUCAUGGAGCAAGCAACAUCUGCAUGGUCUGCCACGGUGAGAUCCAGUCUUGGCGGUACAAGUGUGGUCCAUGCCGGUUAGAUGUUCACAUGGAGUGCGUUAAUUCAUCUGCAUCAGCACCGAAGGGAACUCAGCAAAAGAGUUUGGCGCCACAACCGCUCCCUCAGCAACAGGGUUUGGGGCCGCAACCGCUCCCUCAGCCAUAUCAGUACCAUCAACCGCAACCGCAACCGCAACCAUAUUUCCACCCUUCUCAGUAUCAGCAACCACCACCACAAACUUAUUUUCACCCUUCUCAGUAUCAGCAGCCGCCGCCACAAACUUAUUUUCACCCUUGUCAGUAUCAGCAACCACCACCACAAACUUGUUUUCAUCCUUAUCAGCAACCACAACCGUAUUUUCAGCCUUCUCAGUAUCAUCAACCUUGUCACAAUCAAGGUCAGCAACAGGGUCAACAGCCUGGUCGGAGUACAGGAAAGAAAAUGUUCGGCAUUCUCAUGGCUUUAACGGUUGGGUUUGUCUCCCCUGACAUGUCUGAUACAGUUUACGAAGUUAUUACUGGCUCGUUUUGAAAUGGCUCAUGCGAGAUUAUGUUCUAUAUCUCUCUAUCGUUUAUGUUACAUUUUGAUUCUUUCUUUGCAAUAAGUUUACAAAAUGUACUUGAUUCCAUCUUAAAUGGAUUCGGAAUCGGAAUCCAAUAUAACUGUCUUUUCUUUUA